AUGACAAUACAGUGGCAUGGUGCGGAGAAAGCUGGCCGAGCUCAGUUCAAACGCCCUGGUGUUGCUAGCCCUAUUGCGACGUUCGAUCCAUCUUUCAUGGGCACUUUCACUCCUGCCUUGCCUUACCUCCAGCAGCGUCGUAUCAAAGUGGCCGUGAAUGCGGGAUCUAGUGAGCCAGACAAACUGACCGGAAUCGUCAUCGCUGCCAUCAAAGAGCAGAACCUGAAUCGUAAGGUCGCCUGGAUCCAAGGGGGUCUCUGA